UUAGUGAGAGGGUGAGAUACCGGAAGGCAUUAGACCUCUCUGGAAUUGCAGCGCCAGUUUCGAACUUCAAAGCUCUAACCAGUUAAACCUCACAAAACAACUCUCUCGCGCGCUCGUCAGUCGUCACGAGAAACUAUCUACAGAAGAUAGACGUUCCGAUGGAAUCAAAGCAGAAACAGUCGCCGGCGCUUGAAGAUUGCUUGAAAUUGUUGAAAGGAGAGAGAGACGAGCAACGCCUAGCCGGUUUGCUUCUGGUGACCAAGUUUUGCAAAGGAGACGAUCUGGAUUUGCUUCGCAGGGUUUAUGAUGCAGUCGGUAAUCGUUUUCUCGAUCGCCUUCUCGUGACAGGGAUGGGAAAGGGAGUUAUCAGUGGGGGUGGGAGUGACAAUCGUGAUGCAUAUUUACAGCUGUCAGUCACAAUUCUUGCUGCAUUUGGUUGCGUCCCUGAGAUUGCUUCUUCAGAAUAUAUGAUUUUGAAGAUUCCAUUGGUAUUGGAAAUAAUGUCAAAAGAAUCAAGAUCUCACGUGCUUGAAGAAUGUUACGAGUUUCUAUAUUUGGUAUCUUCUUCUUCUGAAGAUGGGGCUGCCACCUUGUAUGAAUCUGAUGGCAUGAAAGUGCUAGCUUCUCAAAUGCCUACAUUUCCUGAUGGUUCCCGGAUUAUGGAAUUUGCUAUGAGACUUGUCCAAUUGAUCGUUAAUAAGCUGUCUUUGGCCACUAUUAGCAAUGGUUAUCUAUCAGAGUUAACAAUGAUGGUGGCUACAAUAGUGAGGCAAUUUGCAGUGCUGCACAAUGCCCUGAAGUUUGAAGCGCUUCACUUGCUCUCUAUGAUAUUCUCGCAAUGCCCGGUACCACUUACUGAUGCACUCCAUGCAACAGCUGGUAAUAAUUGGCCAAAUUACAUGCGUGUUGGUGUUGUGGCCAUUCUACAGAAUCGCGUUGCACCUGCUGAAAGGCUUCACGCCCUUAUUUUGGCUGAAUCUACAAUAUCUAUUCUUGGGGAAGGCUGGUUGGUUGAUGCGGUAAAUCCACCUGAUAUACAAGAUCCAAUAUCUGCUGAGAGGUGUCUGUUACUCGUCUUAGAGUUGUCAAGAGUUGAAGUUUCUGUAUUACUGAACGAGCUGGCGUAUUUGAAAUAUGAAGCUUCAAAGAAUUCAUCAUCAACUGAAGAAACUAUUCUCUUAAAGCAAAGGAACUUGGCUGUUGUCUACUCUUUGGUAGAGAGGAUAAUCAAAUUAAUAUCAAACAUGAGUGGGGAUGAAGGGCAAGUUCUUGAUGAGAGCACUUUAUUAAUGGUGAUCAAGGCACUGAACGAGACAGUUGAUGUUGUUAUCGACUAUCUACAAGACGCAAAGGAGCAUGGACACGCGAAAGGAAAUGAUCUUCUCGCCUCAGUGCGAGUUAUUGGGAGCUAUCUUGCAGAAACACCGAUUGCUUGCAAAGAGAAGGUCAUGGAACUACUGGUAUAUAUGCUCUUCAUUGAAGGUGAAGAUGAACCCAGUCCUUUUUACUCAGUAUGCUUUCUGCUUCCAAUGCUUUGUCAAAUCACGAUGGAAAUUGAAGGAUGUAAAGCUCUGGCUUCUUCGGGAGGUUAUAAAGCUGUUGUGGAAUGCCUUAUAAAAUUGAUUGGGCCAACACAAAUUAUGGUUGCGGACAACAGCUGCAUUUUUAUGGCAUGUGACACAAUGAUGAAUCUUCUGUUGAAAAAAGAACAAGUGCGACUUUCAAUGGAUGAAUCAACUUCAGCUGAUCUUUUGAAAGCUUUGGGCUAUUGGGCAGGGAAUACCGAUGAUCUAUCUAUCAUUAUGAUGGCUUCAAGCCUUUGUGCUCUGAUAUUGGAUUUUACGUCAGAGGCGGCACUUCUUAAUCAGUCUAGUUUUGGCCAUACCUCCCUUCGUAUUCUGUCUCAGCUCUUUGUUAGAAGUUUGGCACAUGGGCAGGUGAAUCUAGUAAAGUUUUCGUGGAUGAUUAUUUGUACUACUGAGGAUGCUCAUUGCAGGAGAGCUCUGAUGAUGCUAAAGCAGAAAUGGACCUUUUGGAGAUUGUGGCAUCAGGCUAUUCUCGGUGGACUGAUAGAUACCCAUCCAUAACGGACGCAGUUGAGAGGAGUUGGAUUAAGUGAUACUCCACGUGGAUUCAAAUCAACUUACCCCAAAUGUAUUUUCCCUUUGUGUAAUUAUUCAUUAAUUUCUAAAUUCCGAUAAAGGUAAGUAGUUUAUUAUCUAUGUUAUAAUUCGACUCUAGUCUGCUAUGCUGGUAACUCCUUUUUGUGGUGUGGUACAUAAGGUAAGAACACUUGGUAAAUGGCUAGAAUGUCAAAUUAGCUUUAAAUU